AUGAGACUCUUCUUAGCGCUAUUAUUGCUACUCGGAGCAGCAAAUGUGGAAGGACACUUGGGUCUUCCUCAUCCCCUGGCUCUCGCUUCCACAUUCUCCCAGAUCUACCAUCAACUUGACAGCAUCAACCUUGGGAAUUGCUCUCUUGCAAAUGUAUCCCUCGCAUUGAACGCGACAAAUACACCGCUUCCAGUGCCAUCCACGGGGUUGACUCUCAAAUACGUUGCAUUAGGCCGAGGAACACAGAACUACACCUGCCCAUCGAAUGGUUCCACGAAUUUAGUCACUACCAUCACGCCCAAAGCCACGGGGGCUGCCGCUACACUCUUUGACGCCUCUUGCAUUGCAUCAUCCUCUCUACCUCUACUCCACGAAGUCCCCGCAAUCAUCAGCGCCACUCCACUUGGAUCUCUCACAUUUAUGGCAGCCCUCGUGGCCCAAGGCACGAGAAGCACCAACCUCAUUAUUGGUGAACAUUACUUCAACGCUGGCGGAGAUCCGGUUUUCGACAUGUCACUGAGUGGCUCCCGUUCAUGGGUUGCUACGAGCAAAUUAGCAUCUGCUCCAGCGCCAAAGUCAACAUCGGGAUCCUCCGGCGAUGUUCCGUGGCUUAAGCUAGGAUACAAGAAAGGGAACGGCAUUCGGGAAGUUUACCGAGUUGUGACAUCUCAAGGCAACCCGCCAUUGACAUGCUCUGGUCAAAAAGCAACGAUCCAAGUUGAUUAUGCCGCCGAGUAUUGGUUUUUUGGGUGA